CCAAAUUUGAUUUUUUCUUUUUAGUUCUUAUUAGUAUUGCCAGCCAAAAAAUAACACUUGAGUAAUUCAUACAAACAUAAAACACAUAUUGCUUAAAAUAAGCUGUAGACAUAUUAAGUUAAUUUUGUCUUUUAAAUAAGCGACAAAAGCAAAGAAUAUUUCAUUUUAGUCGAAUUCAAUUUUAACUAGUAACUGAAUACAUACUAUAAUAUAACACUGGUAAAAUGCUGAAUAUUGAAAUUUUUCUUUUGCUUGGCCUAGCAGCGUAUGCCACGUGUGCUAGCGGUAAUAAACCAAACAAAAAAGGGACUAUGAGAAGAUUAAUAUGCUUUUGUUGUGAUAACAGCGAGGUAAAUAACUCGAAGGGAAAAUGUAAAUAUACAGGCGGAGGAGAUACAACUCUAGGAGUUAAUAUGGACAGCAUUGAUGGCAGUGAUUCACCCGAUUCAGAACCACGACCAAUCGAAUAUUAUAAAUGCAUUGCAUACAAAGGAUUGAGCAAUAUGGAUAAUAAGGGCUAUGCCGAUGGCAGUCCAAAUAUUUGUAUAUACAAAGAGGGAGUGAUAAUCAACGGCAUAAAAAUACCGAUGGAUAUUGGAAAUAAAAACGUUCAUCCAAUUGUAAAAUUUAAUGAAAAGGAGGGAUUCACGGUAAACGGAAGAAAAGUUCCAGCAGACGCAAAAGGAAAUCCUUUACACCCAGCUGAUGACAACGCUAGUGGGUAAUACCAGGUAAUUAGAUGCUGUGUAAGAGCAAUGUUGAAAAUAUGUUAAUUCACCUGUAACAACAACACAAACAAUCAAAA